AUGUUUGAUGAAGACUCCCAAAGCGAAAUUUCCCCUAAAGAGCAACAACUCCGUAUGUUCAAAAACACAGCCCUAGGCAAAAUGUUUUCUCGAUCUUACCUAACUGAUUCAAAUGAAAUUGUAAAACUCCUCAAACAAAAGCGUCAGCAAGCAAAUGAAAUUGAUAUCCAAGCCUUAUCAAUGCGAUCACAAAUGCCUCACCAAAUCCCAGAAGCCUCACAAAUAGACCGACAACGUACCUAUAGAAUGCCUACAAUUAGAAAAUCUCCUUUCAGGCAGCUUGAAUCUCCAAUAAAGCCUCAGGAUUUUGAAGAAGCUCCCUCAGUCCAUGAAGUAAUUAACCAUUAUGACGAAAUUCCUGACGAAUCCGAUGUCUAUUGAAGUAAAAUUGACUCAAUAGGCUGAAGGCCUGAAACCCGUCAAGAAGCCACAUUGACAUCAAUUGGAGCAAAACUGUAUUUAAUUGGUGGAGUAAGCCGAAGCAUUAAUAGUGAUAUUAAUGUAUAUAAUACAGUAAAUAAAAGGUGGGAAAAACUAUAUCCAGGUGGCUGCGAACCUGACCCAAGAUUUGGACAUAACGCUUUAGAAUAUAACGGAGCCAUCGUAGUGUUCGGAGGAGGUACCAAUUUUAAUACGGUCCACAAACUGAGAGAAUGCUUAAAUGGCGUCAAAGUGUAUUCACCUCAGAAAAAUGAUUGGACGUAUAUAAAAACCCAAGGCACUUAUAUAGCGACCAGAAAAUACCAUUGCGCGUCUAUUGCGGGGAAACAUAUGUUUAUUCAUGGAGGACUGAACCAAAAAAACAAUUUAUUAGCUGAUGCUGCUGUACUAAAUUUAGUCAACAAUAAUUGGAAAACAAUCGAAAUUAAAGGAAAUGGGCCAAAGGAAAACGCAUUUCAUACAGCUGCCACUAUACUUAAUAGUGACCAAUUUGGGAGUUAUAGCAUUUAUAGUAUUCCGAUCUCUAUACAAUCAAAAAUUAAAAUGCCAGGAAUUUAUGUAUUUGGAGGGAUAGGCCCUGACAAAAAAGCCCAUAGCAAUUUAUGAGUGUUAAAUGUAGGAGCGAGGCCGCUUUUUUGGUCAACACCUUCAACACAAGGAAUUCCACCAUCCCCUAGAUUCCUCCACAGUAUGGUUUAUAAUGACAGAUUGAAUUCUCUAGUUAUUUUUGGUGGAAGAAUUGAUGUAGCCAAUACAACGAGCUAUACUUGCUUUAACGACGUCUAUUUAUUAAAACUUGACAAUUUAUUAUGAAUUAGAGUCAAUGUCCUAGGAAGCAUCCCAACCCCAAGAUCAGGGCAUUGCAUGGCAAGUUCUGGGUCAAGAAUUUAUAUAUUUGGAGGGGUCAGUAAUACAUGCUACUGCAGCAGCGAUAUUUAUAUGCUUGAAAUUCAUCCGAAAAUUGUUAAACAUUUGUAUGAUGAUGAGGAAAAGAAAAGGGUGCAUGAAAAAAAUGUGGAGAUUUUUAGAGCUAAUCGAGUUUUGGGGAAAACACAUGAAGAAGGAUGAAUGCAGAAGCAUAGGUCACAGUCAAGUGAUGUGGUGAGAAGAAAUCAUAUGCUACAUAAAAAUGAUGCAAACCAGGUUUUCAAAAAAGCGGGGACUGCGAUUUUGAAUGAGUCACUGCUUUAA